AUGCGCAGUAAUCUAACGGUAACAGGUAGCUCGUAUCCGACCAGUUUCGACUACUCCGCAUACAAUCCGCAGUACUAUAAUGGCAUGCGUGCCGGCUAUUACGGUAAUGCACUUGCAGCAGGCGCUACUGCUUAUACGGGAACAGCUCUCUCCUCGGACACAUCAUCGGAACUCUCAGCGUUCUCGCUGAAAUGUGAUAAAAAAGGUCUGUUAAUAAUAGUCUUCAUCACUUGAUU